CCCAUACAUGUGUGCAUACUGCUCUUGGAGCAUGAUAAUACCCCAGGUUUAUUUUGUCGGAGAAGUGACGUGUGCAUGCGGCUUGUCUGGUGACGUGUCUCUUCAACUCUCUUUCCUCUCGCGGCGGCUGAUGGAGCCACACUGACUCCUCUGUGCACUCAAACUCUUAACAGCUACACAGCAGGAGUCGGUCCGACGACACCAUGGGGAUCAAAUUUUUGGAAGUCAUCAAGCCUUUCUGUGCAGUCCUGCCAGAGAUUCAGAAACCAGAAAGAAAGAUUCAGUUCAGGGAAAAGGUGCUAUGGACCGCCAUCACAUUAUUCAUCUUUCUGGUGUGCUGCCAGAUCCCGCUCUUUGGGAUCAUGUCAUCUGAUUCAGCAGAUCCUUUCUACUGGAUGAGAGUCAUCCUGGCCUCCAACAGAGGUACUCUGAUGGAGCUCGGGAUCUCACCAAUUGUCACCUCUGGUCUCAUCAUGCAGCUGCUGGCUGGUGCCAAGAUCAUUGAAGUUGGUGACACUCCCAAAGACAGAGCUCUCUUCAAUGGAGCUCAGAAAUUGUUUGGUAUGAUCAUCACCAUUGGACAGGCCAUUGUGUACGUUAUGACCGGCAUGUAUGGAGAUCCAUCAGAGAUGGGCGCUGGCAUAUGUCUGCUGAUCAUCAUUCAGCUUUUUGUUGCAGGUCUGAUAGUGUUGCUCCUGGAUGAACUUCUCCAGAAGGGCUAUGGUCUAGGAUCCGGUAUUUCUCUCUUCAUUGCGACCAAUAUCUGUGAAACCAUCGUCUGGAAGGCCUUCAGCCCUACCACUGUCAACACUGGCAGAGGUACGGAGUUUGAAGGAGCCAUCAUUGCUCUGUUCCACCUGCUGGCCACCCGUACAGACAAAGUGCGUGCCCUAAGAGAAGCUUUCUACAGACAAAACCUGCCUAACCUCAUGAACCUCAUCGCUACUGUCUUUGUGUUUGCCGUGGUGAUAUACUUCCAGGGCUUCAGAGUGGACCUGCCUAUCAAGUCAGCUCGAUACCGCGGCCAAUACAACACCUACCCCAUCAAGCUGUUCUACACCUCCAACAUCCCCAUCAUCCUGCAGUCUGCCCUGGUGUCCAAUCUGUAUGUGAUUUCCCAGAUGCUGUCGACACGUUUCAGUGGCAACUUCCUGGUCAAUCUUCUAGGAACCUGGUCUGAUACUUCAAGUGGAGGACCAGCUCGGGCCUACCCAGUGGGCGGGCUCUGCUACUACCUUUCUCCUCCCGAGUCAUUUGGUUCUGUUCUAGAUGACCCGGUUCACGCGGUCAUCUACAUAGUCUUCAUGCUUGGUUCCUGUGCCUUCUUCUCAAAGACCUGGAUUGAGGUGUCAGGAUCUUCAGCCAAAGAUGUGGCAAAACAACUAAAAGAACAGCAGAUGGUAAUGAGAGGACACAGAGAGACCUCCAUGGUGCAUGAACUCAACAGGUAUAUCCCUACAGCUGCAGCAUUUGGGGGGCUCUGUAUAGGAGGGCUGUCUGUCAUGGCAGACUUCUUGGGAGCUAUCGGAUCUGGAACUGGAAUCCUCCUUGCCGUUACCAUCAUCUACCAGUACUUUGAGAUCUUUGUGAAAGAGCAGAGUGAAGUCGGCAGUAUGGGGGCUUUGCUCUUCUAAUUUCAAAUAGGCCAAUCUGACCCACAUGAGAAAGAAUCCACUUAUUUUUAUUUUUGUUUUAUUUUGUUUUGCAACCUCUUCUGUCAGUGUAUUUUGCAGCAGGGAUAAGUAAUCUUUUUUUUUUUUUUUUUUUACUCCACCAUUUUUGUUUUCCACCAUACAUCUCUUGCUAUAGAGAAUAAGACAAGUGUUCAGGUUACUUUAAGGGUUAAGUGUUGUAUCUGUAAACAUGGAUUGAUUUUUUAAUUUUUUUUUCUCAGUAGAGGUCUCUGCAGGCUGCCUGAUUCACCCCUUGGCUGCCUUAUCAGCCGAAAAACGCUUAAAAGCACACGGUUGUGAGUGGCUGUCUUUGAAUUACCUCAGGCAUUUCUCAUUGUAGGCGUAUAAGGAACACUAAGACAGCAACAGCAUUUUGAUCUAAAGCUGAAGGUAUUCUGUAUGGACAUUUCAGGAGGAUCUGACAGAAAGCCUUGCCAUGUUAAUCACCUGUCAACCAUGUUUGAGAUUAAGAAAAGCCUGGAGAGUGAUGCAGAAAGCAUACCGAGAAUAACGCGGUACUUCUAAUAAUUCUCUGGCUAUCUCAGACAAACUAUUUGUAACAUUCGUUUAUUUUUUUGUUUUAAAUCACUGACUGUUUAUAUCAACACCCAUCUUACGCUGGGUACAGCGUUUGUCCAAUAUCCCUGGGCCCUCAGCGGAUCUUGUCUGUUUCAUCACGCUCUUUUAUUCCCAGACUCAAUCGCUGCUGAAAACUGCCGGGAUGGUCGGGAUGAGGGUGGGUUUGAUAGGGCUAAGAAAGGGGUUCAUUUUUGUUUUUACUUUAUGUAUGGCAUAAUUGUGUUAUUAAAAAAAAAUGUUUU